UUGAGUUGCAAGGUCCAAUACGCCUCACCAUGUCUCUUCGAUCACACUCCCACAAACGAAGAUCUGUUACAAUCGACACAAAGACAGAAUCAGAUAUCGCCUCCAUUGGAGCCAUCGAAGCUAUAAGCUAUAGCCUACCGUACCAUAGAUCAGUAGAUUGAUUCACAUAUCAAGAUGGGCCCUCCGACAGCGUGGAUGCGAUUUCGGCAUACUUUUGGCCGAGCCCUUCGCGAAACUGGUCAAGCCAUGGACCGGUUGGGCAUUCGGACGCAAGAGCUCUUUCUCCAAGAUCGACGAUACGGCGACGACGAUCCAUUUAUCUACGAUGAUUUCAUGUCACGCCACCGCCAACAAAUGCCUCUUUUGAAGUAUGGUCGUCCUCUGAUAUCUCCUGAUGUGGCCUACUUGGCUCCUUGCAGCACCAUGAUUGGCAGUGUUCGGAUCGGAGCUGGAUCUUCCGUGUGGUACAAGGCAGUCCUGAGAGCCGAUGAAUGCAGCAAUGGUUCCAGCUUUGCAAAGUCACCAGAGGAAGAAGCCAAGGUGUGGGAGUUGGACGUCAACCGUUUCACUGAUUAUCGGAUCAAAGAUGGAGAUAAAAUUGGAGGUGGAAUCUUUAUUGGAGACAAUACCAAUGUGCAGGAUGGUGCCAUUAUUACCUCUCGAGUAGGUCACACAAUCAUCGGUGAUGGAGUAACCAUUGGACAUUUGGCACAAAUACAUUCGGCAAAAAUUGAAGAUCAUUGUCUGAUUGGUAUGGGAAGUGUCAUUCAGGAGGGAUGCGAAAUUGAAUCAGAGUCCUUUAUUGCUGCCGGAGCUGUUUUACCUGCAAAGACCGUGGUCAAAGCAGGAGAGCUAUGGGCUGGAGUGCCAGCAAAAAAGUUGAGAGACUUGACGGCAGAACAGAGGGAAAAGCUACAUUAUCAAGCAGAUGAGUACGUCAAAGUGGCCAAGAAUCAGAGUGGAGUAAUGGAGCUAGGUGGUAACAUGCCAGGGGAUUGGGCGACUAAGCUAUCUCUUUCCCUCGGGAAACAACCAGCCAUUGAAGAUCCUUCACAGUCUGACGACCCAGUGGUGGCAAUAGGAGAUGGAAGUUCAUCUGUAUCCCUUCCGAUACCCAAGAGGGACCCACAGACACGUCGUCGAGCUGGAUCAUUGACUAGACUAACAGGAAGACGCACGAGAAGCCCAAGGAAACCAAAGUCGCUACAAAAAUAGCAUUAUACUAGACAGUAGAAAGCACAAUUUUCCUAUUUC